AACCGCUCAUCCUCUCCGCCUUUUUUUGCACUGCAGCAAUAUAUUUUCAUUUUUGAAAUCGGCGUUUGCAAAUCGUCCAUUGGCGAGAAAGUACUUUUCAAACGUACGUUGCGAUCUUACUAGUCCCAGUGACAGACGUUUGAGAGGCCUUGCCCAUCUGAAGCCGACGUCCCUUUCACGAUGGCUGGCGACGCCCCCCACCUUGCGUUCCAAGCAACUCCACUCUACCCCCAUACAACUUUGUCGCUACCGAACCCACUACUUCGGCUACUGAACUAUAACCCAAAAACGGGCCUCUGCCAUAAAGGCUGGAAUGACUUCAUCCUGGCAUCACUGUUUGCUGCCCUCUUCCUCGUUUUGCGGAGGUAUCUCUAUACUGCUGUCUUUCCCGUAUUGGCAAAACGCAUGAGAGUGGCGGGUGGUCGAAUGAAUCGGUUAAAGUUCUCGGAACAAGCGUGGCUAUUCAUAUGCCACACCGCAUCCUGCGUUGCGGGUUCUAUUCUCUUGGUCGGGAAAGACUACGCCCCAGCGCUAUUUGGAGAGAGGGAAGGGCAAAAGCACUUCUGGUUUGGAUAUCCGCAUACACACCGAUUUUUGGACCCAGUGUUUAAGUUGUUCUACUUUAGUAUUUUGGGAUAUUGGUUGCAUCAUUGCGCUGCUCUUGCGAUUGAGGGUUUUCAGCGGGUGGCAUUCGAACGCGCGAAGCUCCAAGGGAGGCGAAGAUUGGCCCAUGCGCCAAAGCGAUCAGACUUCUGGCCGUUGGCUGCUCAUCACGCCAUCACGGUUGCGCUGGUUGCUACAUCAUAUUAUAUGAAUUUCACUCGCGUGGGUCACAUCGUCAUUAUUUUGCUUGACGUGGCAGAUAUCUUCCUACCGUUGGCUAAGAUCUUAAAAUACACCCGUCAUCAAACCAUUUGCGAUGUCGCCUUUGCGGUGUUUACAGUAUCCUGGGUGAUAACGCGACACUGGUAUCUUUUACUUGUCUGCGUGUCCAUGUGGCGGGAUUCGUUAUUAUACAUACCCGAGACAUCACGAGUAUGGGAUCCUUGGGGCACCGAGUGUUUCUACUCCAUGAAGGUGUACUGGUUAUUCCUAGGACUAUUCGCGGCCUUGCAAAUAUUGCUUCUUUACUGGCUUGCCCUGAUCGUGAAAGUGGUCAUAAAGGUGGUCAGAGGCGGAACGGCCGAAGAUGUGAGGAGUGAUGAUGAAGAAGAAGAGACUGAAGACACGCUGGAACCGAAUGAAGGACAGUCUAAGAGUUUAAGGAACCGCAAGCCUCGAGUGGGAAGACCUCUGAAUACAGCCACCUUGACUUACAACAAAGGCAAAAGAUCUGGCAGUGGGGUUGAACUACGAAGUGGAGAUUGGGAUGCGGUUAAAGAAGGCGAAUUCCGGAGGCGGCAUUGACGUUGAUGGUGUGUAAUAGUGGUAUUCGGUGGUAUUUAGGGUUGAUGAAUGUAGGUUUAAGCAUUCUUAAUGACUGGAGAAUUAUGUCUUGUAAAAGCAAUUUCUGUAUCAGAGCGGCAAAUAGCACAGUCUGUCUUUUUAUAAGAGCGGAAGAGAUGUAGCAUGCCAAGGGGGUGUGGGUACUA